UCCUUCCUUUCCCACCCAGAAGGGAAGGGGAGAGAAAAAACUUGGCGAUUCCCGCAAAUCCAGCUUCUGGAUUUGAAUGGGGGGGGAAACUCGAGUUCGUCGUAACAGCCUUUUCUUGACAGGUUUGUGAAAGAGAGUAUACCGGACGAGAUUUUUUUUGGGGGGCACCUCGGUUUGAGUUUGGGGUGACUCGAAAUCCUCAUCGAGGAGGGAGGGGGGAAGAAAAAGCCAUGCGUAAAGACGAGCGGAGCUCCGCGUAACGCAGCAACCGCCGCUUUGGAUGUGGAUUUAUCCCAAAUGAAUCGCUGGAUUGACGACUGACACAGAAGGACGGACAGCCAUACUACUACUACUACCCCCCCGCCCCCUCCAAUGAGGACUACAGGUUACACCAAGACGAUGUGGCUCCACGUGCUGUGCUUCAUUGGACUGUCAGAUGCUGUGAUGGACUUGACGAUGAUCUCCAAGGCAGAGGUGACCAACACCGAACACGUCACCAUCUCUUGCAUUACCGGUGAGCGCAAUGCAGCCCAGAUUGAUUUGGACAUCAAGAAAGACAACCGAAUCCUCGUAUUCCCCAAAGGACCCAACUUUAAGGUGCACAGGCCCAUGAACAAGAUGGUGUUGGCCAAAGACAUCUGCGAUCUGGAUUGCAUCGGUAUCUUCUACUGUGAUGCCACUCAGGAAACCAACCCACUCGACAGGGUCACACUGAUCAAUAAUGUUGGAGGAGCAAGUUUUGUCCCGACCCCUUUGACGCUGACUGCUAACAAAGGAGAGACGGUUAACAUCAGUAUGCAGCUUCUCAGCACUCAAAAGAGAGAUGUGACCUGGAAAUACAACGGAAACUACUAUUAUAUGACACACUGGACUGAUGUGAUCAACAACACGGCUGUGCUAACUGUGGAGAAUGCUGCCUAUGCCAACCAAGGCAUCUACAGUGCCAGCUAUGUGGGGGAUAGCCCCCUUCUGGGUGCUUGGAUGAGGCUGAUUGUCCGAGACUGUCCCAGUAAGAAAUGGGGCACCUAUUGUGACAAAGACUGUCCUGAGUGUCUCAAUGGAGGUGUGUGUCACGACACAGACGGAGACUGUAUCUGUCCUCCAGGGUUCAUGGGGACACGCUGUGAGACAGCCUGCAGAGAGGGAAUGUUUGGCCGCAACUGUCAGGAGUCAUGUGGUUCACAGCUGGACUGUAAGAGGAUGCAGUUCUGCUUACCAGACCCUUAUGGGUGCUCCUGUGCCAGUGGCUGGUUUGGGAGUCGUUGUGAGUCUGCCUGCCUUAAUGACAUGUAUGGGCCGGACUGCAGGCUGAGCUGUAAGUGUAAGAAUGGCGGCGUUUGCAAUCGCUUCAGUGGAUGCCAUUGUCCCACAGGAUGGAGGGGACAGCACUGUGAGAAGUCAGAUCGGGCACCCCAGAUCCUGGACAUGCCCAGUAGUUUGGAGUGGAACCUGAACUCCAGCCCCCGCAUCUUGUGUUCAGCCACAGGCAACCCCCUGCCCAGUCACACCAGUAUUGAGCUGCGCAAGCUGGACAGCACUGUACUCAAGGCCUCUCAGACAACCAUGGACUCUAAUAAGAGUACAGCUCAAUUUGAGAUCCCCCAGCUGAAAGCAGAACAUGGAGGGCUGUGGGAGUGCAGGGUCUCCACCAAUGGAGGCCAGGACUCCUGCAAGUUCAACCUCACUGUGAAAGAGCCGCCAGUGCCAAGCACUCCCCCUAAGCUGCUGAAGAAGAGUAGUAAGCAGCUGGUGGUAAUGCCGGUGGACUCCUACCGAGGAGAUGGCCCCAUUAUCUCUACCAAGCUCCUCUACAAGCCAAUGGAGAAUGGAGACUCGUGGUCCUCCAUCAUAGUCUACAGUGACAGGGAGGCCAUUACACUGAUGAACCUAAAGCCGUCAACACGCUAUCAUGUCCGUGUUCAGCUGAGCCGUCCAGGAGAGGGGGGAGAAGGGGCCCCGGGGUCCGAGGCCAUCAUGGAGACUGACUGCCCUGAGCCCACAGUUCGCCCCGAGAUUGACGUCAGCUCAUUGGAGGGCCGCAAUGCCACCGUCCGCUGGCGGUUGCCUGCUAACAGUGGUAUGGGCUCUAGUGCAGGUGCAGCCAGUGGCUUUUUAGUGCAGCUCUUUGGGCCUUUACCCUUCAUUGAGAAACUACGGGAGGAAACCACCCUGCUCAAUGUUCUCUCCACCAAGUUCCACAACCUGGACUACCAGCGGGAAUACAACGUGGUGGUACGCCUCAUCAACUGUGGCAGCCAAGGGCCAGCCUCCGAUCCCUUCCAUUUCCGCGUCUUGAGCCAAGGUCCAUCAUCCCCACGCAAUGUACAGGCCAUGCCUCUGUCGGUGUCGGCAGUUCAGGUGAGGUGGCAACCUCCAGAAGAUCCAAAUGGAGGCAUUGUCAAAUACGUCAUAGAAUACCAGCCGGUGGGCCAAGGAAGCCCUCAUCCCUGGGUGGACACAGAUGACGGGAACAAGACCACCAAGGAUGUCACUGCACUUAACGGCAGCACGCUGUAUCAGUUUAAAGUGAGGGCUUUCUCCAAAGUACCAGGAGAGUGGAGCAAUGCAGUUCAGGCCAUGACACAAGGAGAUGGCCUCCAGAGCUUCACCCCGACCACCCAGGGUGUGGGAGGGAAGCCGGGUGGGGAGAGUUACCAGCUGCUGGUGGCGGUGGUUAGCUCGGUGACUGUCACCUGCGUGACUAUCCUGCUAGCCCUACUGGCGCUUUUCUUUAUCCGCAAGACCCUACUCAGCCGUCGGCGCACCUUCACCUACCAGUCUGGAUCGGGUGAGGAGACCAUCCUUCAGUUUAACUCGGGUACACUGACCCUUACACGGAGGCCCAAGCCCACCCCUGAGCCCCUCACCUAUCCAAUCCUGGACUGGGAGGACAUAAAGUUUGAAGAUGUCAUUGGGGAAGGAAACUUUGGCCAGGUCAUUAAAGCCAUGAUCAAGAAGGAUGGUAACAAGAUGAGUGCUGCCAUCAAGAUGCUAAAAGAGUUUGCCUCAGAGAAUGACCAUCGAGACUUUGCAGGGGAGCUGGAGGUGCUGUGUAAACUAGGCCAGCAUCCCAACAUCAUCAACCUCAUAGGAGCGUGUGAGAACAGGGGCUACCUGUACAUUGCUAUAGAAUUUGCUCCGUACGGUAACCUUUUAGACUUUCUGAGGAAGAGUCGAGUGUUAGAAACUGAUCCGGCCUUUGCCAAGGAGCAUUGCACCGCUUCUACCCUCACCUCCCAGCAGCUGUUGCAGUUUGCCGUGGAUGUGGCUAAUGGGAUGCACUACCUUAGCGACAAGCAGUUCAUCCACAGGGAUUUGGCAGCCAGAAAUGUUCUUGUCGGGGACAAUCUUGUGGCAAAGAUAGCAGACUUUGGUUUGUCCCGUGGAGAGGAAGUUUAUGUGAAGAAGACUAUGGGAAGGCUACCUGUCCGUUGGAUGGCCAUCGAGUCCCUAAACUACAGCGUGUAUACGACCAAGAGUGAUGUGUGGUCUUUUGGUGUGCUUCUCUGGGAGAUUGUAAGCUUGGGUGGCACUCCAUAUUGUGGGAUGACCUGUGCCGAGCUUUAUGAAAAACUACCCCAAGGUUACAGGAUGGAGCAACCAAGGAACUGUGAUGAUGAAGUCUAUGAGCUAAUGAGGCAGUGCUGGAGAGAUCGUCCCUAUGAACGACCCCCCUUCUCCCAAAUCUCUGUUCAGCUCAACAGGAUGCAGGAAGCCAGAAAGGCUUACGUAAACAUGGCACUGUUCGAGAACUUCACCUAUGCCGGAAUAGACGCCACAGCCGAGGAGGCCUGACUACCAGCCCCCCCAGACCCUAGCACGCCAUGUAGCCCAAAAAGAAAGUCCCAAGGCUGGUCACCCCGUUACUGCCAUGCCCCUGCUGCUCGACGUGGAGACAGGAGGACCAGGCGCUUUAGCAAGACAACUUGGCUAUAAAGAGAGGACAGUGAAAGGACACUGUAGAAAUCUGAAGAGGAAGAAGGCGGGAGGGGGAGUACAGCUGAGCCGUUGAUGGAUAGAUCGAAAGCUACUAGCCUUCAGGGAGCAUUGCCGUCUUUGUAGUAGAGCAAUCCGAAGAAGAACGUGUGCAGCGUUGCAGCGCUUGUUUAAGCCCAGGUGAAAAAAAAACUACAGUGCUGUGCUCUUUUGUGUUUCUCUCUUAGAGUAGGGAGGCGUUGAACAUGAUGGCGCUACAUGACUUGCUGGAACAUCACAGGGUCUGUGGGGACUUGACGUCCUCUCCAUUGCCGAAAUGGAGUAAGGACUUGUUUGCUUUUGUUUAUUUUUCAUUUUUUUUGUGAAGAACGAAGGAAGAACUCACUCUGGAACAUUUUAUUGGAACACUCAAGUUCUCACACUAUUAAAAUCAACACGAACUGGAGAUGCCCUGCAAAAUACAGCCCCAGAAAGUUGAAUCGGUUCAUCUGGACACAAAGGUUCAUGGGAGAAACGGUUUCAUCGCUCAUCUAAGUUGUGUGAAGGAUGCUCCCAGAAGGUAGCGACAGAUGUACUCUUAGGCCCUCCCCCGGUUCAGGGAUGGUCAUUCCCUCUUCACACAGAUGGCCUCUUUGACUCCCUGUUCAAACUAGCGUUGUUCCUUAUCAAGGAUGUGCACGUGCUCAUCCUUGAAAGAGUGGCCGCUGGCCUGUAGAUGGUGUAGACUGCAGAGUCCCAGCCUGACGUGUGCCUGUGUUGUGCUGUCCUCUUGGCCAGCGUCUGGUCAGUUUCCCCAACGUACAAGUCACGGCAAUCCUCCCAUUAGCUUGGUGGUGCAGCAUCCUGACGACUCUUAGUUUGUGCUCCAGUGGAUGAUGGGAGUCAGACCUUAAGUACUGAUAUGGAUGUGUUGGUUUACAGUACACAUCUGGCACAUCUGUCAUCAUCUUACAAUGCUGUGGUUGCAGCUAUUCCCCAAUCCUCUGUGAAUAGCACACGUGGCCAUUGUAACUCUAAUUAAUGGUGACAGCAUUUGCAUAUGAAACCGAUCACCAUUUUCAGUCAUUAUGCACCUCCGUUGUUUAUAAGGGAGGGGAUACCUGCAGUCAGUUUAGACCGAAGCGGUCACUUAGACGAGUGAUGAAACGUUUCUCCCACUAAACUUCAUGUGCAGUUGAGCUGAUUCAACUUCCUGGGAUUUCCUUACCUGGAUUAUUGAGCAUGCGUCAAGACAUGUAAUGUAGCACUUAAAAUCAGUCAGAUCUGAGUCAUUUGUCCUUCCUUAAAUUGCCUUAUCACUGCCAUGUGAAUGUAACUACUGUAUGUAUUUUUGUCUACUCUUAAAGUGCACAUAGAAGUACCAAAGCCUCAUAAACGAAUGUAUUCAAAAUCACAUAGACUGAUAUAAAUGCACCCAUAGCACAAGACCCAUUGUUUUUUUAUACCUAUUAUGUUACUACUCCGACGUAAGAGAAGUAGUUAUUCGGAAAAUUCUGCAGUGCCAGUGCAGUACAGGUGCAAAGCGGGGGGGGGGGGGGCGCAUUUACGGCGACUACCACUGAAACAUAGUCUGCCCUGUAUAUCUCAUGGUUUUGUAGUAUGUUAUAAUAUCAACUCUGUGAGAAUGUAAAGUAUGUUUUCUUAACUGGUUUCUUAAAUAAAGCUUUUGCGUGGUGACAGGACUCAUCACAAAAAAGCUAUUGAACCAC